GUGUUUCCGGCGCUGUUCGGCUGUUUCCGGCGGCCGCCGGGGCGCUGCCUCAGGGCGGGCGCCAUUUUGUGUGUCCGCCCGCGGAGCGCGGGGCGCGGGCGGAGGAGCCGCCGGGCCGAGCCCCCCGCGCCGUUCAGUGACUGUACCCCACGUUCUCCACCCCUUGCCCGUUGCCCAUGGCCGUGGAGAGCCCGAGUGUCCCCCCCGCCGCCGCCGCUUCCCCCCCCAGCCCGCACUGCACUCCCCCUUCUCCGUCCUGCCAUGGCAGCUGCAGCCUCCCCCGGCCGCCGCCGCCGCUCCAAGGCCACCAUCACGGCCCGGACGAAAGGGAGGACGGGGAGCUGGAGGAGGGCGAGCUGGAGGACGACGGCGCGGACGAGGCCCCGGCGCGCUCGCGGCACUCGCGCUCCCGGCGCUCGCAGUCGCAGCCGCGGCGCGAGCGGCACCACAGCGGCUCCGAGGAGGAGAAGCACCGGCGCCUCAAGAGGAAGCGCCGCAAGGACAAGGACAAGAGGAGGGCCAAGAAAAAGAGGAAAUCCAAGCACAAGCGCCACGCCUCGUCCAGCGAGGAACCGUCGGAUCUCAGCGACGACUCCGAGUUCAGCGCGGGAGAGAAAGGACACAGGAAAUACCGGGAGUACAGCCCGGGAUACGGGUACUCCCAGUACUCCCAGUACUCCCAGUUCCAUUCUAACCCCUCCCCACGCAAGCCCCACCCCAAGGCGGAGCCCAAACCCUUCGGCGGCUCCUUCGAGGAUUUCGGCCCCGGCGACUUCGGGCCCUUCGAGAACGAGGAGGAGGAGGAGGAGAGCGCCAAGGACUACGACGACUUCGCCAAGGAGCUCAGCCACUACCGGCGCUGCAAGGACGGGAGCCACCGGGCCAGGGGUCGAGGCCGUGCCCGCGGGUUCCGGGGCCGGGGCCGCGGCUGCUCCCGGGGCCGGGGCUGUUCCCGGGGCCGGGGCCGCGCCCGCAGCGACCCCGAGGAGGAGGAGGAGCCGUUCGAGGAGGAGAUGGAGUACUGCGACCCCGAGGAGCCGAUGGGCGACGACGACUUCGACGAUUACGCCAAAGAACUGUCACAGUACCGGCGCAGCAAGGAGCGCGGCCGGGGGCUGAGCCGGGGCCGGGGCCGGGGCCCGCGGGGCCGUGGGAACAAGGGCCCGGGGCGGGGCCGGGGCCGCGGCCGCAGCGCGAUGGGAAAAGCCGCGAUCAACGACGACGACGAGUUCUACGACGACGACAUGGGGGACGGGGGCGGUUACCGGCGGGGCGAGCACGACAAAUCCCACCUGCCCUCGGACAAGAAGGGCAAAGUGAUCUGCAAGUACUUCGUGGAGGGCAGGUGCACCUGGGGCGAUCACUGUAACUUCAGCCACGACAUCGAGCUGCCCAAGAAGCGCGAACUGUGCAAGUUCUACAUCACGGGGUACUGCGCGCGGGCCGAGAGCUGUCCCUACAUGCACGGGGAUUUCCCGUGCAAGCUGUUCCACACCACCGGGCUCUGCAUCAACGGCGACGACUGCAUGUUCUCCCACGCGCCGCUGACCGAGGAGACACGGGAGCUGCUGGACAAGAUGUUGCAGGAGGACGCCGAGGCCGGCGCCGAGGACCAGAAGGAGGUGGAGGAGCUGAAGAAACAGGGCAUCAACCCCCUGCCCAAACCCCCCCCCGGGGUGGGGCUGCUCCCCACCCCCCCCCCGCCCCCCCGGCCCCGCCCCCUGCCCCUCGCCCCCCCCCCGCCCGCCCCUCCCCCCCCCGCCGCCGCCCCUCCCCCCCCCAUGGAGGGGGAGCCCCCCCCGGACCCGCUGAGGAAAAUCCCGUCGCUGUUCGAGAUCGUGGUGAGGCCCACGGGGCAGCUGGCCGAGAAACUGGGGGUCAGGCACCCCGGCGCCCCUCCCCCCCCUCGCUUCCCCGGCCCGGGUGGGGGAGGGGUGGGGGGGGGUCCUCCCCCCCCUCCGGGGCCCCUCCCCCCCCCGGACCUGCACGCGGAGCUGGGGAUGGGCCCCUCCCCCCCCCUGCUGCCCUUCCCCCCCCACCCCGACGAGCCGCCCCUCCCCCACCCGGGGCUGCCCCUCCCCCCGCCGGGGGCGGAGCCCGGGGGGUUCUACGAGGGGUUCUACCCCCCCCAGGAGGGGGGGAUGGGCAUGGAGACCCCCCCGCGGGGGGGGGAGGGGCCAGACGACUACGGCCCCUACGACCCCCCGGAGGCCCCGGGGGGGGAUCCGCUGUUCCCGGAGGAGCCUGAGGGGCCGCCGGGGAUCCCGGAAUUCCCCGGAAUUCCCGGAAUUCCCGGAAUUCCCGAGUUCCUGCCCUCGGGGGCGCAGCGGCUGCUCCUGCGCAUCCGGCACCGGCAGCAGCGAGCGGAGGGCGGCAGGAGGGCGGCGGAGGGAGCGCGGGGGGACAGGGAGCACGAGGAGGGCGACCCCGGCGCUUGGUACUCCAGCGACGAAGACGACGGCGCCAGCAGCGUCACCUCCAUCCUCAAAUCCCUCCGCCAGCAAAGCUCCACCCGGGCCCCAAACCCACCCGGGGACCCCCAGGGUGACCCCAGAAUUCCCAGCGACCCCCGAAUUCCCAGCGACCCCCGAAUUCCCCGGGACCCCCGGCUCCGUGACCCGCGGCUGGCUCGGAACCCCGAGCUCGCCGACCCCGGCCCCUCCGACCCGCGCCUGGCUCGCCACGGCUUCAAACCGGACCCAGCCCCCCAAAAACCGCCCCAGAUCCCCCCUGAGGAUGAGGAUGGGGAGAGAAUCCUUCGGGAGAAGCCCCUGAGCAUCCCCCUGGAGGCGGCUCCCGGCAGCUGCCAGCGGGAUCCUCGGCUGCAGCUGCAGCAGUUCUCCCACAUCCGCAAGGACGUGCUGCUGCUGCGGCCGCCCUUCGCCCGCUCCGUGCUCUGGAGCCCCGAGGAUCUGAUCCCUCUGCCCCUCCCCAAGCAGGACCUUCCUCCUCCUGUUCCUCCUCCUCCUCCUGGCACUGCCAGGCCGCCCUCAGAUCCACGGCAGCGUCCAGCACCCGACUCUUCAUCAUCCUCAUCCUCCUCCUCAUCAUCAUCACAGUCAUCACUUCCUGAUUUUGAGCUGCUGUCACGGAUUCUCAAAACUGUGACAUCAUCAUCAUCAUCACCAUCAUCAUCAUCAUCAGUGGACAAACCCAGCGACCCCCGUGUGAGGAAGGACCCCAGGCUGCAGAAAAGCCUGGACAGGGCGGCCGAGCCGGACGCCGGCGCCGUCAUCGCCCCCUACGACCCUCGCCUGAGCUGGGGCAGCUCCAACCAGAGCAGCGUCCUGAGCGCCAUCAGCCUCUACGACCCCAGGACUUGUAAAGAGCCCCAAAACAACGAGAACCCACCCCAAAAACCCGGGCAGGAUUUAGGGAAAAACACCAAAAAGGAGCCGCCCUUCGUGCGGCGCUCGGCGCUGGAACAGCCGGACGACAACAGCGAGAGGCCGGAGGUGACGGACAGGUACAACAGCUACAACCGGCCCAGGGCCAAGGUCAGCGCCACAGGGGAGGGGGGCAGCGCUCAGGCUGUGCCCCAAAACACCCCUGGGGUUUUUGGGGUGAGCAGCAGCAACAGCCCUGAGCCCCCUGAGGACGGGGACAAAUCGCUCAAGGACGUCUUCAAGGGAUUCGACCCCACGGCUUCGCCUUUCUGUCAGUGAGGGGGG